CCAUACUGUGCUUUGGCCUCGUGUCUGGAAAGAGGGAUUAAUCACGAUUCAUCCGUUGGAGUUAAGAGCUGGCCGACCCAUACCCCCUAUGCGACUAUGAAGUGGGACACUUGCGGAUGGUCACCUUAAAAAGACAUAUUCACAUUGCUUGAAGAAUGGCUGCUACUUUGAGGGUGAUACUUGGAGUGGACAAUUCAUCCAAGUUGGUGCUUCCUUCUGGAAUCCCUGGUUCAGUGGACAUUUUAAAAGAGGAAAUACAAAGACAGUUUGGAUUGACUGAAGAUUUCAGGCUUCAAUAUAGAGAUGUUGAGUUUGACAAUGAAUACAUGAAUCUAACCACAACUGGGGACAUUAAAGACAAGAGUACAAUCAAAAUAAUUUACACUCAAAACUCUGCGCCGUCCACUGUGCCCACCACAGCACCCACAGCUGCCUCCAGAGAGACAGUACCACAGUUUGCUGCGCCAUCCUUGCCAGACACUGACAUCCUUUCCUCCUCAGACUCCAGUGCCUCUUGUUCAUCUCUUCGCUUGCGGAAAUGGCCCUUAAACUUUCCAAUACCAACGUUUAGUUUUGAUGUGGAGUUUCAGUUACACAGAGCCCAGCAAGAAUAUGAAAACAAUGGGACUCUCUUAGACCCGAGCCCAAAACUCAAAUCUGACAUAUUAGAUAUGUUGGCAUCAGAAAUUGCAAAAUACAAAGUUUAUCCAUCAAGUGGAGAUAUUGAUGAUGUCGCUAAAACGUUAAUUCAAAAAUAUCCCUUUCUCAAAGAGACCGGAUCUGUGACGGGCUGUGAAGGCUGGAAAGUAAGCCUAAAAUACAAAAUGGCCAAUUACCGGACAACACUGAGAAACAUAGGGUGCCCAGAGGUGGCAAUAAACACUCUACAACACAAGAGAGAACGAGAGAAGAGUCCACGUCGAAACAACGUCAAAAAGCCACGGAAAGCAGAAGUGAACUUUUUACCACAAUACCCUGCAGGAGAAACAAAGAAAAGUCUGGAGGAAGAACGACAAGCACUACUGAUUGAGGUGAAGAAAACAAACAACGAUCAAAUAAUCAAAACAAAGAUGGAUAAGACGUUUGCACACAGAAGAAGAGAGGUGAUUGAAGAGAUGCCAUUCAUCGCAGAGUUCAAGAGCAGAUGGCCGGCCCUCUUCAAAGUACCCGAGAUCAAUGCGGAGUUCACCCGAAUCACCACAGUUCCACUGCUGUCCACAUUCAUGAGCAGUCUUGACCAGUACUCUGACCAGUUGAUGAAGAUUCUACGAAAAAAAGGAGGGGAAACAGCGCGGCGGAUCACAGCAGCGUUGUCUGCAAUUUCACAGAGUUCCCGAAUCGAAGUGAAGCGUGAAUGCAUCCUUAAAGCUGUGAUUAUAUACCUGAAUGAGAACCCUGAAAAUCUCAUCAAAGAGUACAUGGAUUUCAACGUGAUGGAAGCUGAUGAGCUCGAGAGGAUGGAUUUGGGUGUUUAUAAAAUAAUCCAUGAAGGAGCACAGCCUGAUGACUCCCUUGAAGAUGUUGGCAUCAUUAUCGAGAGAUGCACUGUCUUGCCGGAUCUUCGCGAUGUGGCGAGCGGGUGUGCACUUUUGUUUGGGCUAAUUUACUGCCUCAAUCUGAGUUACCCAAAGCCACUUUGCUACACAUUUGAGUUCUUCCAGAAGGUGCUCAUGGGACUGGAAGACAAAAAACUGUCUAACAAAAUACAAGUGCUGAAGAACAAACUCUGCCAAAAGGAGACGCAAUGACUCUUCUAGAUCAAAAUGUCCCCCAAAAUAAGUGCUCUGUUUUCUUGCUGAGUAAAAAUUUUACUGUUUAAAAGUUUAUAAAUAUAUAUAUGUUGAUCCUUGUUUGUAAAUAUUUUUUCAGCACUUUUAAUGUUUAAGAGAUUUACUGAAUGCCAUUUUUCUUUUGAUUGUGGAAAAGAAAACACAAUUCAGAAACUGAGUUUUUUGAACUGGGGACAAAAUUACCCAGAUUGAUAUUUUUGUUGUUGUUUCACUUUAACAUUUCUGCAGUUUGAGUUGCUGUGGUAAUUCUGCAGACUGUAGCCAUUGCAGACCUACAACUGUACUACACUGCACUGUCACUUAGUUGAAACUGGAAAGUUGUUUCAAAUGUUUACAUUUUGUUUUACGCACUUCAUUUAAUGUUGCAUUAUGCAGUGUUUUUUCCAUGUUUAAGCUUUGCCUCAUUGAAAGCUUUUGUUCAAGUUGUUAAAGCAACACAAUUUUUUUUUUCUUUUUUUUCCUUGUAUUUAUACUUAGUUUAAGCUCUGCUGUACCAAGUUUCCAUUGCAGGUCAAGGAUAUUGAGUGUUAUAAAUGUUAAAGUUUAUGUGCAAACAAAUGUGAAAGGUUGUCACCUGUACUCAAAUUAAGUGCUGGAUUUUUGGUCUUAGUAUUUAAUUAAGAAUGUUGUGAGAUUUGCUACAUGCAUUGUUUUUUUUGUUUUUUUUUUUUUGUUUAUUAGAAAUACCAAAGUUAUAAUUCUGAAUCUGAUUUUUGGAACUGGGGACUAAAUCGUCCAGAUUAACCUUUUUGUGUCAUUUAAGUAUUUUCUGUAAUUGAUUUAUACAGUGGAUUAUUAUUUUUUUAAGUUGCUGUGAUAGAUCUGCAGAUCUGACUAUAAUCAAAUGUUGUUGUAUUGAAUUCGACAUCCUACGGCACACUACAAUGUCACUUUGUUAAAACUUGAAAGUUGUUUCCAAUGUUGUUCCAUUUAAUAUUGCCUUAUGUGGUGUUGUUCCCUGAUCGUGAAUAAAGUUGUUGGUGCAGCACCCUUU